AUGGGUCUCCAGGGGAUGUUCUGCUUCCCCCUGGGGCUCCUGUUUGGCUCUGUGCUCUUGGUGGCCUCAGCCCCGGCCACUCUCGAGUCUUCUGGCUGCAGCGAGAAGGAGCAACAGGUCACUGUCAGCCAUACCUACAAGAUUGAUGUGCCCAAGUCUGCCCUGGUCCAGGUGGAGGCUGACCCUCAGCCCCUCCGUGAUGCUGGAGCCUCACUCCUGGCCCCGGGGGAGGUUGAGGAACAGAGCAUCGUCUUCAGGCACAACAUCCACCUGCAGACACCCCAGAAGGACUGCGAGUUAGCAGGCAGCAUCCAGGACCUCCUGGCUCGGGUGAAGAAGCUGGAGGAAGAGAUGGCGGAGGUGAAGGAACGGUGUAGUGCCCAGCGCUGCUGCCCGGGAGCUGCUGGUCUGAGCCGCCACUGCAGCGGCCACGGGACCUUCUCCCUGGACACCUGCAGCUGCCACUGCGAGCAGGGCUGGGAGGGCGCCGACUGCGAGCGGCCCGCCUGCCCUGGUGCGUGCAGCGGCCACGGGCGCUGCGUGGACGGCCGCUGCCUGUGCGAGCAGCCCUACGUGGGAUCCGACUGCGCCUACCCCGCCUGCGCGGAGAACUGCAGCGGGCACGGCGUGUGCGUGCGCGGCGUCUGCCAGUGCCACGAGGACUUCAUGUCUGAGGACUGCAGCGAGCGGCGCUGCCCCGGCGACUGCAGCGGCCACGGCUUCUGUGACACGGGCGAGUGCUACUGCGAGGAGGGCUUCACCGGCCUCGACUGCACCCAGGUGGUCGCCCCCCAGGGUCUGCAGCUGUUCAAAAGCACAGAGGAUUCCCUGCUGGUGAGCUGGGAGCCCUCCAGCCAGGUGGACCACUACCUCCUCAGCUACUACCCCCUGGGUAAGGAGCUCUCUAUCAAGCAGAUCCGAGUGCCCAAGGAGCAGCACAGCUAUGAGAUCCUUGGUUUGCUGCCUGGAACCAAGUACAUAGUCACCCUGCGCAACGUGAAGAAAGAGAUUUCCAGCAGCCCACAGCAUCUACUUGCCACCACAGAUCUUGCUGUGCUUGGCACUGCCUGGGUGACAGAUGAGACUGAGAACUCCCUUGAUGUGGAGUGGGAGAACCCCCCGACCAAGGUGGACUACUACAAGCUGCAGUAUGGCCCCCUGACAGGGCAAGAGGUGGCCGAGGUCACUGUGCCCAAGAGCAGUGACCCCAAGAGCCGAUAUGCCAUCACAGGUCUGCAGCCGGGGACAGAAUAUAAGAUCACAGUUGUCCCCAUGAGGGGAGACCUCGAGGGCAAGCCGAUUCUCCUGAAUGGCAGGACAGAAAUUGAUAGUCCAACCAAUGUGGUCACUGAUCGAGUGACAGAAGACACAGUGAUGGUCUCCUGGAACCCAGUCCGGGCUGUCAUUGAUAAGUAUGUGGUGCGCUACAUCUCCACUGAUGGGGAGAUGAAGGACACAGCUGUGCACAGGGAGCAGAGCAGCACCGUCCUGAUGGGCCUGAAGCCGGGAGAGGUGUACAAAGUCUAUGUGUGGGCUGAGAGGGGCAACCAGGAGAGCAAGAAGGCUGACACCAAGGCCCUCACAGAAAUUGACAGCCCCCAAAACCUGGUGACCGACCGGGUGACAGAGAACACGGCCACCGUCUCCUGGGACCCAGUGCAGGCCGUGAUUGACAGGUACCUGGUGCGCUACACCUCUGCUGAUGGAGACUCCAGGGAGGUUCCGGUGGGGAAGGAGAAGAGCAGCACCAUCCUGACGGGCCUGAGGCCAGGCGUGGAGUACACAGUCCACGUGUCAGCCCAGAAGGGGGACCAGGAGAGCAGGGUGGCUGAAACCAAGGCCCCGACAGACAUUGACAGCCCCCAAAACCUGGUGACCGACCAGGUGACAGAGAACAGGGCCACAAUCUCCUGGGACCCCGUGCAGGCUGUCAUCGACAGGUACCUGGUGCGCUACACCUCUGCUGACGGAGACUCUGGGGAGGUUCCGGUGGGGAAGGAGCAGAGCAGCACCGUCCUGACGGGCCUGAGGCCGGGCGUGGAGUACACGGUGCACGUGUGGGCCCAGAAGGGGGACCGCAGGAAGGCCGACACCACGGCCCCGACAGAAAUCGACAGCCCCCAAAACCUGGUGACUGACCAGGUGACAGAGAACACGGCCACUGUCUCCUGGGACCCGGUGCAGGCUGUGAUUGACAGGUACCUGGUGCGCUACACCUCUGCUGAUGGAGACUCCGGGGAGGUUCCGGUGGGGAAGGAGCAGAGCAGCACCAUCCUGACGGGCCUGAGGCCGGGCGUGGAGUACACGGUGCACGUGUGGGCCCAGAAGGGAGUCCAGGAGAGCAGGAAGGCCAACACCACGGCCCUGACAGACAUUGACAGCCCCCAAAACCUGGUGACCGACCAGGUGACAGAGAACACGGCCACCAUCUCCUGGGACCCGGUGCAGGCCGUGAUUGACAGGUACCUGGUGUGCUACACCUCUGCUGAUGGAGACUCCAGGGAGGUUCCGGUGGGGAAGGAGCAGAGCAGCACCGUCCUGACGGGCCUGAGGCCGGGCGUGGAGUACACGGUGCACGUGUGGGCCCAGAAGGGGGACCAGGAGAGCAGGAAGGCCGACACCAUGGCCCUGACAGACCUUGACAGUCCCCAAAACCUGGUGACCGACCAGGUGACAGAGAACACGGCCACCGUCUCCUGGGACCUGGUGCAGGCCGUGAUUGACAGGUACCUGGUGCGCUACACGUCUGCUGAUGGAGACUCCGGGGAGGUUCCAGUGGGGAAGGAGCAGAGCAGCACCGUCCUGACGGGCCUGAGGCCGGGCAUGGAGUACACGGUGCACGUGUGGGCCCAGAAGGGAGUCCGGGAGAGCAGGAAGGCUGACACCACGGCCCCGACAGACAUUGACCCGCCCCAAAACCUUCAUCCGUCUUUUGUAACACAGUCUGGUGGGGUAUUGACCUGGACACCCCCUUCUGUUCAGAUCGAUGGCUAUAUUCUGACCUACCAGUUCCCAGAUGGCACUGUCAAGGAGGUGCAGCUUCGAAGAGGGGACCAGAGGUUUGAGUUGCAAGGCCUUGAGCAGGGUGUCACCCUCCCUGUCUCCUUGGUUGCCUUUAAGGGUGAUCGCCGGAGCAGGAGUGUAUCCACCACCCUUUCCACAGUUGGUGCCCGUUUUCCACACCCUUCGGACUGCAGUCAAGUUCAGCAGAAUAGCAACGUCGCCAGUGGUCUCUAUACCAUCUACCUGCACGGGGAUGCCAGUCGGCCCCUGCAGGUGUACUGUGACAUGGACACGGAUGGAGGCGGCUGGAUCGUCUUCCAGAGGCGGAACACUGGGCAGCUAGAUUUCUUCAAGCGCUGGCGGACCUACGUGGAAGGCUUCGGGGACCCCACGAGGGAGUUCUGGCUUGGACUUGACAAGCUACACAACCUCACCACAGGCACGCCCACCCGCUAUGAGGUGAGAGUGGACUUACAGACCGCCAACGAAUCUGCCUAUGCCGUAUAUGACUCCUUCCGAGUAGCCUCCAGCAAGGAGCGGUACAGGCUGACGGUUGGGAACUACAGAGGCACAGCAGGGGAUGCUCUUACUUACCACAAUGGAUGGAAGUUUACAACCUUUGACAGAGACAAUGAUAUCGCCCUCAGCAACUGUGCCCUGACGCAUCAUGGCGGCUGGUGGUACAAGAACUGCCACUUGGCCAACCCUAAUGGCAGAUACGGGGAGACCAAGCAUAGUGAGGGGGUGAACUGGGAGCCAUGGAAAGGACAUGAAUUCUCCAUUCCUUUUGUGGAGUUGAAGAUCCGCCCUCAUGGCUACAGCGGGGAGCAUGUCCUGGGUAGAAAGCAGCGAACACUGGGAGAAAAUUCGAGAACAUUCUGACGGUCCAUUCGUGCACUUAUCGCACAAGAGGAGACCAGCCCGCGGUUGGGGCCUGUGUAAGCAUGGGGU